GGCACCACACUGUCUGUCAUUGCAAAAACCUAACCUCAAUCAUCGAAAGUUCGAGAUUGUUCCCGAAACGCGACUCAGUAUAUAAAUUCGUCAGUGUUAGUCAUUCCAUUCUGUGUAGUACGAUGUCCGCUCCUGAGAAUAAGCCCGAAAUCGCGGGGAUGCUGUGCGCGCCCCCCGAAGCCCCAGUCGCCGACGCGGCCGAAGUUCCGCAGCCGCGCCAACCCACCAGUCUGCAGGGCCUCCUGAAAUUCGCUAUGGACGCCACGAAAGCCGAGGACGCCCCCCACGAGCCCCACGUCCAGCCCAUGGACGAAGCCCGGCGCAAGUUCCUGGAGCAGGCUUUGCACUCGCUUACCAUCGACGUCAUCGAGAUUCUCCUGAAACAGAUAAAAAUCCUCGAGAACGUGGAUGCUUUGGAAGAAGGGGGCGACGAUUGUCAGUAUAGGGUGGCUUUGGAUACAAUUUCGGACCACGUUUGCGACGUAGACACGGCCAACGAUUUUCACAAAAUCGGGGGUUUUGUGAUCGUGGGGCCGUGUUUGAGGUGUAAGAGCCCCAAAGUGAGGGCUGAAGUGUGUAAUUUGUUGGCGGAGUUGUGUCAGAAUAAUCCGUAUUGCCAGAGGGUGGUUUUGGAGAAUGGGAUUAUGCCGGUGUUGGUGGAUCUUGUGGAGAACGAUGGUGAGGUUGCGGUUGUCGUGAAGGCGCUGUAUGCAAUUAGUUGUAUCGUGAGACAGAAUUCCAGUGGGUGCGCGCAGUUGAUUCAGUACAAAGGAGUGCAAAUAUUUUUCAAGGCGCUGCAGAGGAACGAGGAGAAAAUUAAUAUUAAAAUUUGCUUCUUGUUGCAAGCUUUGUGCAGCUCGCAACCGAAUUUUAAGAGUAGGUUAAUUUUUGUCGGGUACAUUCCGGUGUUGUUUUCUUUAAUCAAAGUUGAACCUAGAGGUAGUGAUGAACACGUUCUGGGAUUACUCUUGAAAUUGAUUGAAGACAACCCAAGUGCGAUUUACGAGUGCAGGCAGAACAAACUCAACGCAAAAGAAAUACUAGAAAACUAUUUAUCUACAAUUAAAGGCAAAGAGGAGUACUCAAACGAAGAAGAAUCUUGUAAUUCAAUUUACAACAUUUUAUUUGCACAGAAUUAAUGUAUUAUUUCCAAUAUAUUUCUUGUAUAUAUUUUUUCUAAUACUAAUAAACUUUGUUUAAUCAUAAAA